UGAAUUUCGUUUUCCAACAAAUCUUCUGCCACUCCACAAUCAGCUGCAAUUUUUUUAGCUAUAUUAAUGAUGUCUGUGUUGUCUGGAGCACGUUCAAUAACCACUCUUUUAGAUUUAGAUUUAAUUUCGUCAGCAUCAAGAAUAGCGUUGUUUAAUAUGUUGGCAAAAUAUGAUUGAUCAUUAAAAGAGGAAUUUUGAUGUUUUUUGCUAGCAGAGAAAGGGUCUCCAAAUAAAGAUUUAGGAUUCGUUUCUGAUUGUUGUUGUUCUUGUUCACUUGUAAGAAUAUCCUUACAUAAUCCUCUUAUCUUUUAUAUUACCGUUGGACCUUUGUAUAAGUUAUAUCGAGAUUCGAGUUUUAACGGUUGUUCAACUACAAUCUUUAAAAUGAAGGUUUUCGACCAACUUCCAUUUUAAAAUUAUGGCUGAAAAGCCAGACUUUAUCAGACUGCGCCGUAAUGACCCUCUCCCCUAAGAAAUCUAUUAGAAUGUCCAAAAUAAAAUUUUUUUUUCAUAAAUAAAUUUUUAAAAUAUUAAUUUUCAGAAUUUUCUAUAUACUAGUUUUCGAUGGCCACUUAUACUUAUCCUUUCUCGCUCAAAAUAAUAUUUUCUUUUACUCUCACGCACUCCUCUUUUCUCCCCCCUUAUUCUCCUCUUAUCUUUUAUUUUCAUGAAUGACUGCUAAAAAAAUAAAUAAACGCGCGUCUGUUGCCAGCCGCCAAUUCCCGUUUUUAUUUUUAUUUAUUAUAGCUUCCCCCUUUUGUUUCUCUUUUUAUUUUUCUAACAAAAAUAUUUAUUCAAUGCUUUUUCUAGCCAUAAUUUUAAAGCGAUUAUAUUUUUUAUUUUAUUUUAAUUUUUGUUCUUUUUUCUUUGAAAUAUGUGCUUAUUUUUUAACAUUUACAGAACGUCGGUCGAUCAGAAUUCCGAUUUCCGAAAAUUUAGGCUGAUUUCCGAGAGUUCCGAUUUCCGGUACCUUUGCCAUUUCCGAUCGGCCUCUGGUACAGAUCUAAAAGAUUAAUAGUCUUCCCUAAAUGAGUUGUCUCUUAACUACAUAAUCAACCACAAACUCUCCAUCCACCCCGUCAUCCAUGUAGCGAAUUUUCUUUCUCCUGUUGAACUAAUUUCAAAUCUAACCCUUCUUUCCGACUCUUUUUUUAAAUAAAUUUCGGAACUAGAUUCAACCUUUAGCUUUAAUUUUAUUUU